AAAAGAGCACCGACACCGUAUACCAUGUCCGGGUACUUGUCCACGAAUUGUUUUAUCCAUCCACGUGCCAACUGGUUCAAGCCCGAACAUUGGGCUCGUAUUCAGCACUACCACGUCUUUGGACAGAUGUACCUCCUCGGACAGGGAAUGAACGGUCUCUUCAGAAAUCGGUUCGACGUUUGUCUACCAACUACUAUGACUCUUACUCUGCGCUACACAGACUGGUGGGACUGGGAGACAAACGCACCUAUAUAUCCCAUCAGGCAGGACCGUUUCUUCCCUCUUCGUUAUAUGUGGCUGCCUCCCACCGUGCAGAGAAUGACCGUAGAGUUUGAGAACAUUGAGUCCAAGAUCAAAGAGCUAGACGCAGUGGUCAACGAGAUGUUCUCCCGACACUACCACUGGGUGUGGAGAAGGCGCGAUGGGAAGAAUUUGAAGGUGUGUGGGCGGGGAGUAGAGGGCGAUGGUGUGGAGACGUGGAGAUGGAACGGGCCAACGACUUUUGGGUACCGCAGUCAAAAGUUCCCCCAUCAUGGAGAUGGACCCACGAUGGGGUAUGUGGUCAAGGUCGUCACUUGGGAAGUUGUCGACGAGGAGUGAUAGUACUGAAGAGGGAAAUUGUGUCAAGUCAAGUGGAAACACUAUCAGCGCCA